UAAGCGUACGCGCAGCAUUUCCACCGGAGAUUGACACGCCGCCUCCCUCCACUGCCCGCCCCGGUCGUCUCGUCUUCCCGCCUGCGCCUCCGCCUGCCGCUCCUCAGCGUUUCAAGCCAAAUCCCCACUUCGAAACCCCAGGCUCAUCGCCGCCGCCGGCCCCCAUGGCGCCGCCCCGCCCCCGCGCCGCCCCGUCCAAGCGCAGAGCCGCCCCUCCAAACCCGACGGCCGACGACGAGUUCAAUCUGGAUCUGCUCCGCGCGGCCAGCGAGGGCGACCUCCGCCUCUUAAAGAUGCUGGUGUGGGCGCUGGACGAGAGCACAAGGGAUCCCAGGGAGGUGGUGGGGGCGGCCAAGCACAAAGGCGUCGGGGCGCUGCACAUCGCCGCCAGAAAUGGGAGGCUACCCGUGUGCAGGUACCUGGUGGAGGAGCUAGGGGUGGAUGUGGACGCCGUCGAUAACGAAGAUCUAACACCUCCGUUCUGGGCAAUGCAUGGUGGAAGGAUGGAUACUAUGAGUUAUCUUCUUGAUCAUGGGGCCAAUCCACACAAAGUUGAUGACCAAGGGUUCAACCCACUUCAUCGUGCUGCUCGAAGAGGAGACCCUGAAAUGGUGGAACUCUUGCUUGCAAAAGGAGUUUCUGUUGACCCAGUAUCUGCUAGCGGGACACCAUUGCAUAUCGCUGCCUACAAUGGGCAUGAUGAAGCUAUGAAAAUUUUGUUGAAACACGACGCGGAUUGUAACAAGAUAGUACCUGGUGCUGAAACCCCUCUUCUUGUUGCAAUAGCGGGUUCCUCAGUGAAAUGUGUCAAGCUCCUGGUCGAGGCUGGUGCAGAUGUCAAUGACGGUCUUAUAACCCCUUUAGUUGCUGCUGGUGCAGAAAAAGGCUCAACUGCAUGCUUGAAAUACUUACUGGAAGCUGGUGCCAACCCUAAUGUUCCUGACAAUUUUGGUAGGAUGCCAAUAGAAAUUGCUGCACUGGAUGGUUCAAGGGAAGACGUUGAGAUCUUAUUUCCUGUGACUUAUUGUAUUCCAACUGUGCAUGAUUGGAGCAUCGACGGAAUAAUACACCAUGCAAAGUCAGCAUCUAUGAAGCAGGGUGAUCAUUCAAAUGUAAGAAGAAUGGCAGAGUUGAAGUCACUUGCGGUUAAUUCUCUCAAGAGAAACGAUUAUUUUUCUGCGGCAACACUGUACAGUGUGGCAAUGAAGCAUGACCGUCAUGACGCUACCUUGUUAUCGAACAGAAGCCUUUGCUUUCUCCGCAUGGGCAACGGGCACAAGGCUUUGCGGGAUGCUCUUGCGUGCAGUGAAAUGCGGCCUGGCUGGCCAAAGGGCUGGUACCGGCUGGGGGCAGCGCUCAUGUUAUUGAAGGAUUACGAGAGUGCAUGCAAUGCUUUUCUGGAGGCAGCCAAGUUGGACCCGUGGAGUCCUGACAUUGAGGCUGUGUUGCGGGAGGCUAUGAAUUCCUUGAAGACAUCCCGUGGCGCAACAAUGGCUACUUGAAUAGUAUGGAAUCGCCCUUGUUGUUUCAUCAAUAUAUUAACUCGGUGAACCAGGAUGCGGACCGAAGUAGCGCUACGGAUCGAUGGAAGGCUGGGGCACUUUUGUAAUUUCCAUAUACUCUGCCUCUGCUCUUGUGUUUCCUACUCCGUCGUAGUGCCAAAAAAGGUCUUACAUUUUGAGACACAGGGAGUAUUCCUUUCACUCUGAUGAAGGCGAGUAGUAGGAGAGCCAGUGGCAGGAGUGGAUGUGUACACGUUUCAGUGUCAAAUUUGCAAUUAGACUUUCCUCCA